UGACCUCCACUGACCUCUCUCUCCCAAUUUCCUUUUGGGUUCUUUCUUUUCCUUCGGCCUUGUUAUUGCUAAUUAUGAGAUCUCCAAAUUUAGUCAAGAUGGUUAGUGGCAAUUUUGUUGGUGUAGUCUUGCUGGUGGAGAUUAUAGUAGUGAUGAUGAGUGGUUGUAGAUUUGAAGCAAAUGGUCUGAGCAUGGACUACUACUUCAGGAGUUGCCCAAUUCUUGAUCCAAUUAUGAAAAACACAGUAUUCGGAGCUUUGCAGGCUGACCCUACCCUUGCAGCCGGCCUUGUUAGAAUGCAUUUCCAUGAUUGCUUCGUUGAGGGAUGUGAUGGGUCGGUUUUGAUUGACUCAACGAAUGAUAACACAGCAGAGAAGGACUCCCCUGCAAAUUUGAGCUUAAGAGGAUAUGAAGUUAUCGAUGCAGCAAAAGAGCAGCUUGAAAGAAUGUGCCCCGGCGUAGUCUCAUGUGCUGAUAUUCUUGCAAUGGCUGCCAGAGAUGCAGUAAUCUGGGCUGGGGGUCCAAUGUAUGAGAUCCCAAAGGGAAGAAAGGAUGGUAGGAGGUCUAGAAUAGAAGACACAAUCAACCUUCCCGCUCCCACCCUCAAUGCCUCUGGCCUCAUUACUAUUUUCGGGAAGCAUGGUUUUACUGUCGAAGAAUUGGUGGCUCUUUCCGGGGCACAUACACUAGGAGUGGCAUCGUGCGUAAAUUUCAAAAAACGAUUGAAUGACGUGGAUCAAAAUAUGGAUGCCGACUUUGCAAAGACAUUGUCAAAAACAUGCAGCUCCGGGGACAAUGCCCAGCAACCCUUUGACGCGACGAGGAACAGCUUCGACAAUCUUUACUUCAAUACGCUGCAAAGGAAAGCCGGCUUGCUCACUUCCGAUCAAACGCUGUUCGCCGACUCAAGAACCUCCGGCGCUGUGAAUGGCUUUGCGCUUAACCAAGCCAUGUUCUUCCUUUCUUUCCAACGGGCAAUGCUCAAAAUGGGAGCCCUUGAUGUUAAAGACGCUCCAGAUGGCGAAGUACGAAAAAAUUGCCAUAAAAUCAACUAAAUUAAUUAUUGUAUCCAUGGUAAUUAUAUUUGCUAUAUAAAUAUAUAUAACACAUAAUAAUGGUUUUUAGUCCUAUAUUGUGUCACGUAGAUUGCAAUGAUAGACCGAGAUUCUCUGCGUUCGGAUUGCAGCCAAUUUGAGAGAGAGGGCCAUCGGGAUCCUCUCUAAUGCGAUAGGCGGCUGUAAUUUGGGCAAUAAAUUGUAGUCAAUCUUAAUUAUUUAACCAUAAGUUUUAGUGUACUGGGAUUUUGUACCUCUUUAUGUGUAAAAGAAAUGUGAAAUAAAUAUGGA